AUGAGCAAUUUAAAUUAAAACCAUUGCGUUCAUCACAAUAAAGAAUUAACAUAUUUCUGUGAAUCAUGCGAAGAACCAAUCUGCAAGCUUUGUACUACUUUAGGACCACAUAAUUACACAGUAAGAGAAUAAGGAAUGAAUUUAGUUACAUCGAAUUAAUUCAUUGUAAGAAGCGUUUAAGAUGAGAGUUGAACAUAUAAAAUAAGAAAUAUUGCAUAAUAUUUUACCAAAGAGAGAUGAAAUAUUUGCUUAGAUAAAUAGAAUUGAAUACAGAAUUUAAGAGAUUAAAUAUGUUAAAAAUAUUAUUGAACGAGAUUGCAGAGCUGAAAUGAAUGGAAUAGAGGAUCGUUUAAAUUAAGCUGAAUCAAUGAAAUAAACAAUUCUUUAACAUUAAAUAUCAGUGAUAUAAUAGUAAGUAUUAUUGAAUAUAUGAUAUUAGGGAUUUAGAUGAGAUGAAUGAUUUGGCAAUUUAAUUUUUUAAUUUAACAAAAAAGAAUGAUUACCUUGAAUUUUUAUUUGAUAGUUAAAGUCUAUUGGAUAGAAUUGAAUUUUUGAUUGCAAAACCAUAUAAUAAAGGAUUAGAUGAGAUUCCAGAUGAUUUACCUAGAGAAUUAACUGAUUUAAGAUUACUAUUAGGUAAGAUGGAGGGACAAUAGUAAUUACUUGAAAUUCUAAAUGAGAUUAUAUGGAGAAUGAUAAAUGAGAGAAAACAUGAAGAGGAAUUAUCAUAAUAAAUAUUAAAAAGACAUUCAGAAAAUGAGAUUAAAGAAUGGUAAAAAUUGGUGGAAUUCUUUACUGAAUAAUUAAAAGAAUCAGAAAUGAUAUGUUAUUUUUGUAAUGAACCAUUAGAUAUAAAAACAAUAAAUAAAACAUGUAAGAAAAAUAAGGAUGAUAUUCCUGAUAAUUGUAAAAAAAAGUGAAUUUUAUUUUAGUUAUUGGAUAUACAAUUGAAAAACCAACAGAUUAAUAGACAGGAACCAAGAGACAUUUUUAUGGACAUGCUGUUUUAUAAGCUAANUUAAAUAAAAUUGCAAUAUGCACUAAAAUAACAAAUGAUUUUUUCAUUAAUUAAUAAAUUUAGGGUAUUUUUAACAUGAAUCUCUUACAUAAAAUCAGUUUAGAGACAAUAAAUAUUUAUGAUAAAAAUAUUAAACUAUAAUUGAGAAUGUAAUAAAUUAAAAAAUGGUUGUCAAUUUAAAAAAUUAAUAAAAAUUUUCAUUUCAAAUACAAAGUUAUUUAAUAUUUUAUAAAUAAAUGAGCAAUUUAAAUUAAAACCAUUGCGUUCAUCACAAUAAAGAAUUAACAUAUUUCUGUGAAUCAUGCGAAGAACCAAUCUGCAAGCUUUGUACUACUUUAGGACCACAUAAUUACACAGUAAGAGAAUAAGGAAUGAAUUUAGUUACAUCGAAUUAAUUCAUUGUAAGAAGCGUUUAAGAUGAGAGUUGAACAUAUAAAAUAAGAAAUAUUGCAUAAUAUUUUACCAAAGAGAGAUGAAAUAUUUGCUUAGAUAAAUAGAAUUGAAUACAGAAUUUAAGAGAUUAAAUAUGUUAAAAAUAUUAUUGAACGAGAUUGCAGAGCUGAAAUGAAUGGAAUAGAGGAUCGUUUAAAUUAAGCUGAAUCAAUGAAAUAAACAAUUCUUUAACAUUAAAUAUCAGUGAUAUAAUAGUAAGUAUUAUUGAAUAUAUGAUAUUAGGGAUUUAGAUGAGAUGAAUGAUUUGGCAAUUUAAUUUUUUAAUUUAACAAAAAAGAAUGAUUACCUUGAAUUUUUAUUUGAUAGUUAAAGUCUAUUGGAUAGAAUUGAAUUUUUGAUUGCAAAACCAUAUAAUAAAGGAUUAGAUGAGAUUCCAGAUGAUUUACCUAGAGAAUUAACUGAUUUAAGAUUACUAUUAGGUAAGAUGGAGGGACAAUAGUAAUUACUUGAAAUUCUAAAUGAGAUUAUAUGGAGAAUGAUAAAUGAGAGAAAACAUGAAGAGGAAUUAUCAUAAUAAAUAUUAAAAAGACAUUCAGAAAAUGAGAUUAAAGAAUGGUAAAAAUUGGUGGAAUUCUUUACUGAAUAAUUAAAAGAAUCAGAAAUGAUAUGUUAUUUUUGUAAUGAACCAUUAGAUAUAAAAACAAUAAAUAAAACAUGUAAGAAAAAUAAGGAUGAUAUUCCUGAUAAUUGUAAAAAAAAGUGAAUUUUAUUUUAGUUAUUGGAUAUACAAUUGAAAAACCAACAGAUUAAUAGACAGGAACCAAGAGACAUUUUUAUGGACAUGCUGUUUUAUAAGCUAAAAUGCCUAAAUUAUAGGAAGAAAAAAAGAAAUUACCUAGUGCAGUGAUUAUUGAAGGAAUUAUGUCUAAGAUAAAAGUAAGAAUGUAAGAUAAAUAAGUUAAAUUAUUAGAAAUCUUUUAAGAACAUGAUAAUGAUAAGAAUGGUACUAUAUAUAAUAAUAAUUUUAGGUUAUGUAAAUGAAAUAAUAUUCAAUUAUAUUAUGCAAGAACAUUUGUAAUUGAUUGAUGAAGAGAUUGAAAAUAUUGUAAUGUUUAUGGAUUGCAAAAAUGAUAUUAAUUACAAUAUACUUUUUAAUAUGUUGAAAAGUUCAAAUUUGAUUUAAAAAAUGGAGACUGAUUUAAUAUAAAAAUAUAGGCCUCCAAAGAGUAAAAAAAGAACACCAUCCUAAAAUUGA